GGCCAGGGCGCAAUAAUCCAGUGUUGAACUCGACGGGAUUCCAUGGGUUGGCUCGAUAUGUCUCACGCCAAUAUCUCUGCUAUACACGGCCCAUACAGGAGGAAAGUUACUCUGGCUUGUGAUUCCUGCCGUAAACGAAGGGUUAAAUGCAGUGGAACUCAACCCUGCGUGCUGUGCUCCGAGUACGGGAGGCAAUGCGAGUUCGAUAGUAGAAACCAAGGGCGUCGCGGCCCCAGGCCACGACAAUCUACCAGCCAGGCCCCAAGAGUCACCCAUCAGCUGGCACCUCGACGUCUCUCUGCUGAACCAGCGCGUAUUUCGCCCCCUAGGCCUGGAGUGGGGGAAGUGUGGCAGCAUCAAGAUCCCGCGGUCGUAGAAGAAGUCCAGCGGUGCGAUGUCGACGACGCUGACCCCCUGGCCGUGGAUGAGGAUGAGGAUGACAUGCCUGAUCCGUCAGUGUGGAGGCCUGGCUUGGAGAACCUGUUCUAUGGCAACAACUCCAUCUCAAACACCCUGCCCGCGUUAGACAUGAACCUCAUGUGCCAUCUCAUCGAAAUCUUUUGCACAAGAGAGAACACGCAACUUAAAGCCUUACUUCCUACGGCGCAAAUACAACAGCAGCUGUCCCAGGGCACCAUGUCUCGGGGCUUAAUACUGGCGGUAUGUGCUUCAAGCAUGAGGUUUUCUGUGCACAAAGUUGCAAAAGGGCAUCACGCUCGCGGCUUUGCUCAGUCACUAGCACGCGAAGCGCGGAAGUGCAUUCACGGUUGCAGUGCUAUUGCCUGGCAACAAGUUGACAGCAUCAAGACCAUCUGUGUCCUUGUCGACUACGAGGCCAGCAGAGCUCAUGGGCGGCAAGCGUGGAUAGAUAUUGCAAUGGGCCGAAGCCUGGUGCAGCUAGCGAAGUUGGGACGCGACCUCGACGCGGAACAGAGGCAAAUGCUGAGCAUUGCCGAUCACUAUCUUGCCAUCACACAAGUUUCCCACUGCCUCGGCCAUCGCGACCUCCAACCGUCAAGUAACCGAUCAGCCAAGAGACAGAAAUUGGAGCCCCAGUGUUUACCAUGCCCCGAAGGUUGCCCACACUUACUGGAGUUACUCGAGGUCCUUGCUAGCAUCCACCAACUCUGCUUGACGCCCUUACAAGAGCAGAGACCCCUCCCUUGGAGUGCCAGUUCGGAGUUUCGGGAGCUGCAGGAUGAGCUGGAAGAGUAUCUCCUCCGUCACCCCAACACGUUCCGCUUCGGUCCGAACUCCCCAUCAAGCCACUCGAGACAAGGGGAUCUGGAUGCUUCCGUCUCGUCACUCAUCUGGCACUGUUGUGUCAUUGUUCUCAACCGGACGUUUCUUCCGAUACCACAGAGGUCCAAGACAACGAGUGACGGCCAAGAGCCCUCGAUUCGGUGUGUCGAGUUCCCUGGCGCGCCGUCGCUCUUCUUAAAGGAGAGGAUUCACCGAUGCGAGUCUAGCGCGGAUGCGAUAUGCGACAUCACACAGGAGGUCAUAAAAAACGGGGGGUUCUACACUCAUGCUCUGCUUGUCGGAUUUGCUUGCACGCAAAGUGCGUUGGUAUCUAUCAACCGUCUCCACCGGUCCUCAAAGCCAUACGAUAAUCGCAUUGUUGAGAAUCUAAAGGUUGCAUUCAUCGUGCUGGGUGCUGUCAAAACCUUUUAUGCCCCAGCAAGGGUCUGGUUAGACGUUCUUUUCCAGGCCCACGACAUCAAUACUCGACUCUGCCAUGUAUCGGAGACAACAGAUAUGGCAUUUAACAGCUACUUCAGCCGAUUUCUCGAUAUUGAGGAGCCGCCCUUCAUGCCGCUGGAUCCAAAGGAGGGCGAUACACUCCGGGAUGAGGCGGGGGCUGGCGAGUCCAAUAGCACGGCAGAGAAACGAAAUGAAGCGCUCGUUAACGGUCAAGGCUGUGACCAGACCGCUCCCACGGAGAAGCCCCCAGCAUGGCUUCAAGCUUACGCAGGCCAUCUCUCGGGAGAUAUCGACACGGAUGAAGACUUGGACGGUGUUGACCAAGGGUCACCUACCACAGCAGUGCAAACGGAGCCAGUACAAACAGGUGCCAUGGACCGUGCGAUCCCGAUUCCCGCCAUAGUCCAAAGGCAGAACCAGGAGACCAUGGACAUGGAUCCUGGGGGUCCAGAGUCAUCUGUGCACGUGGCUGGGGCGAUCCUUACUUCCAUGUCGGGCAGAACACCGAACCCACCUUCACAACCAGGAGACUCAGUGUCUGGGGAUUUACGAGGCUCUUUCACAGGAGAUGCUAACGAUCCAUUCUCAGGACUCUUCUGCCAGUUGCCUGCAUUUGCCGACUUUGCAGGACUGGAUUCGGAGACGCAGAUAUUUCCUGCGCUGGGCUCAAUCAUUGGGGAUUCGGAAAUGUGGUCUGAUGUAUUUACUCACAGUAUGCUGAAGUGAUUUCCGUCAUUGUAACGGAUGUUGGAUGGAUUCUUUUUGUUAAAAGAAGAAUAGAGAAGGAAAGAAG